AUGCUCCUCUCCACCCCGACCAAGAUAUACAUGCACAAAAACACCCCAUGCGACACCAGCAUGUCUCCCAAGUACCACCACCAUCGCCGUCACUGCACCCCGCCCAGCGCUGCUGCACAGCCCUACGACUCCCCAAUGCUCACACCGUCCCCGCUUCGACAGCGGCCGCUCUAUCCAACGACCAUGCAAUACGACGACGCCGACGACAGCCUUCAGUCUCCGUACAAAACCCCCGCGCUGGCGCAGAUCUACAAUCCGUUUUACGCCACCAAGCCACAGACGAUCCCCGCUGACGACGAGGAAGGCCAUAUUUUCUUGUCGUCCGCCGCGUCGCCGACAUUCACGCCCUUCUUCGCGACGUCGUCCUCGCAACCUCUCCUCACGCCUGUCAAGCAAGCACGUCGUACCACGCCCCGCUCGGUUCUCUCGCCCCAGACCAACACGCUCUUUGGACUCGCUGUGCCACAAGAGGAGGACAAGCCCGCGACUCGCGUCGGGGUAGGCACAAAGCGCAAGUCGACACCUCAUGCUACCCCUCGACGACCUCACAAUCUCACCCCCCUCAAGCUCACUCAAUCGGAGGAGGGCGAUUCAACAUUUUCGUUCGACAGACUCGCUCCUCUCUCAGCACCCAAGUUCAAUGCACGCACACCGCAGACAAAGGCGGAGACAGAGGCAUACCUCAAGCGACAGACUGCCACACUGACUCGACUUCGCCUCUCGGAUCAAGACGCGCUCGACUUUGACGGUGCCGCGGCGAAUGACUCGAGAUGUGAAAUCGACGAGGACGACUCUUUGUUCCUCAACAAGCCACGCCUCAGUGGUCAGCCCAUCAAGUCUCUCGCGUUUCACACCUCCAAAGGCAAAGAGAAGGAGGAGGUGGCGGAGGCCAUCUCCCCUGGUGGCCACAUCACCAAACGUCGGGCCCGUUCUCGACCUGUCUCUGCUGAGCUGCUCGAGCAGACGUUCGGGUCUCCGAAGAGAUCGCCAGUCAAGCCAUCAAAACCCCCUGGCAUUCCAACCCGAGCUGGAAGUGCCCGUCCCCGACAUAGUGGACCUGUUGCAUUCCCUUCGACAGCACACCGCGGUCGAGCCUCUCCAGCUUCAGUCUCUUCGUCUUCGGAAGCUGGUUCGCCUCGGCCGCGGCGCCGGAUCAGCGGCAGUCUGACCGCCACCCGACCCCAUCCUCUCCCAUUCCGGCCUCCGUUGAGCAGGAUCGAUAGUGUCAGUUCAGCGACACUCUUCUUCGGACCCGCGAUUUCCGCAGCACCGAAAACAGCAGAUUCAACUACCAGUUCAAAUGGGCGAUCUCGCACCGACACGAACUUGUCAGCUUCAACCCCUGCUCCUGCAUCUCGACAGCUCAGUUCGCGCCCGAUUCCAGCCAAUCGACACAGUUACGCAGGUCCUGGCAGCAGUGGAAACGACCUUAAUCUUUGGAGAACGUUCCAGGCGCGCGAUGUCUCGCCCUCGCCUGGAUCUUCUCCAUUCUCUCGUCAUGCCAGGAACCGAAGUACGGAUUUGGAGGAUGAGGACAUGUUCUUCGCAGGAGAGGACACCUCGUUCAGGCUGAAUGUGACGAAACAUUCACCAUCACCGGCUAAGGCUGCUCUACCGAUGAAACACAAACUACAGGAUUCGUUAGCCCUCAGCGACGAAGAUGAGGUGCCCUCGACGGGAUCGAGUCUCGGGAUCGGUGGCGAGUUCCUCAAUGCUAUGCCCAAAGCCUCCACAAGUGUCACUUCUAUCACAUCUGACGAAGGGCUUGUCACCCCAGGUGUCGGACCCGACGGCUUCUCCGGCUGGCCAACCGCAUCUGUAUACAUCAACCAGCAAGAAACGCAUCCAUAUGGUGGCGAGGGAAUAGAUGUCGACGAGUUCAUCAUGAAGACGCUCGCGGCCGCGUCCAAAGGCUCCAACAUGCCCAAGAAAGCUCCAGGCACUCCAGUCAAGAAAGCUCGAAUGAGCUACUUUGGGAACGAGCGUCCCUGGCAGAGUGCUGUCGCGUCCAAAGUGGGGUUACGGGAUGACUGCGAGUUCAAGCAGAUGCCGAGGAAGAGCCUGCCUGCUGCGUUCCCGCCUAUGGGUGCGAAGGGGGCCAAGCUGUCCGAUUACCAGCCUACGGAUACCGAAGACGAGGAGGAAUACAGUCCUAGUACGCGUCGGUGUGACAAUAGAUACACUGGCUUGGGCCUCGGCCAACCGACGCAAGCGAAGAACGGUGUACCGACGAGUUUCUCGCGCUGGCUUGUGAGACGCAGUAGCAGCGGUGCCUUCUCGAGUGGGAGCGACUCCGCAUCGCUUUCCAACACCCCCACGCGGGCAAAAGGAAUCGAUUGGCAGCUCCCCAAGCCUAGAAUACCUCUUCGUCUUUCUCCUUCGAGCGAUGCACUGGACAGCAAGCGAUCAACUUCUGGAUCGUCCAGCGGCAGCUCCGUGACACUCAAUUCGCCUACGACAAGCAGGGCGGCUCGAGGGAGGCUCGUGGCCUCCGGGGCUGGUGCUGCUAAUGCACGCGUGCCACGGCUCUCGCAUCCACUCCUCGCGCCACGGCGGUUCUCGGAUACGUUUACGGAAGAGCAGCAGCCUGGGCGAUUCGAACGCGACUUUGACGAGCUCGAGGAAGUGGGGAGUGGAGAGUUCGGGAAGGUUAUCAAGGUACAACGGAAGAAUGGGGAUGAUGGAGAGGUGUACGCGAUCAAGAAGUCUAAGCGGUUUGAAGGCGCCAAACAUCGGCUCCGAUUGCGCGAGGAAGUCGACAUCCUAAAGCACCUAUCUCAAGCCGCACUAUCCACCUCAUGCCCCGAUGGUCGACAUCCGAACGUGCUUGCGUAUAUCGACAGCUGGGAGGAGGACGAGGAGCUAUUCAUCCAGACGGAGCUGUGCGAAUCGGGCAACCUCGCACGGUUCUUGUGGGAGUAUGGACGUGUCUUUCCACGGCUUGACGAGGCGCGGGUGUGGAAGAUCGUCGCUGACUUGAGUAACGGUCUGAGAUUCAUCCACGAUUCGGGGGUGAUCCACCUCGACUUGAAGCCCUCGAAUGUGUUCGUGACGAAAGAGGGCCGGUUCAAGAUUGGCGACUUUGGGAUGGCGUCACUCUGGCCCCGACGGCGGUCAACAGUCGUUGAUGGGACCGGCACAGCGUCGGGGGUCGAGUGCGGCGCUAGCGUAGCGGGUGGCAGUGGAGAAACGGGGGCUGGCGGCUUCGAGCGCGAAGGAGACAAGCUGUACUUGGCGCCCGAGGUCCUCCAAGGCCGGUACGGCAAAGCCGCAGAUGUUUUCAGCUUUGGAAUGACGAUCCUGGAAACCGCCACCAACAUUGUGGUCCCUGAUCAGGGAGAAGCGUGGCACAGGCUUCGGAAUGAAGAUUUCUCUCAAGUCGAUCUGGAGUACCAUAGCGAGGCGCUCGUCGAUCUAUUGCGGCAGAUGAUGCGUACCGAUCCCGCGAAGCGGCUAACGAUGACGGAGGUUUGCGAGCAUCCUGUCGUUAGUCGUGCACGCAUAGAGAUGGAGAGGACGCGCCAGGCGCUGAGCGCAGCAGGCGUGAGUACGUGGGGUGCGUCCCCACUAGCCAGCGUCCCCGAAGGCUUCCUGGAGGAGAUCCUUGGAGAGGACACUCAGAUGGAUACAAGCCCGUGA